AAAAACACCAUUCAGUCAGUUAGAUAUAUAAACUGAGAAAGAUUUAAGGAAAUUGAUAACGACUUAACUACUGCAGUGCAUACAAUAGUAAGAACAAAGAAGAUCCAAAAUGGCCUUCCGCAACUUCUGUGUCUGCGUUCUGCUUGCUUUGGCAGCGGGAAACCUUAUCACGGCUGAGGAGGAGAGGUCUUGGCCCACGUCUUUGAACAUGUCCAUGGGGGACUUCUUCAACAUGUUCUUCGGCAGUAGCAUCGGUAACAGCUCCCGAACCAAGAGGGCCCUACCUUACUUCGCCAGCUGCAACUAUACCAAUUCUAGCCAGACCGGAUUGCAAUGCCGCGACUGCAACACGGCGUCCCGCUGCUACCCCAACAACAUGGCGCUAGUGAGGUCCUGCAGCGGGAUCUUUCCGUACUGCAACAACGGCCGCUGCUCCUUCCAGCCCGGACCGCUGUGCAGCUCCGGCUCGUCCGGCUCCGGAUCCGGAUCCGGAUCCGGCAGCUCCAACUCCAGUAGCACCAACUCCACCUCCGGCUAGAUGUAAAGACGCGGCUGGUUACGUUAUUGCGAAAACUCCGAUUUUACAUCAAUCAAUCAAAUAAUUUUCAAAUUUAGUUAACCCUGUCUAAAUAUGGUCAAUUACUGUAAUUCUUAUUGAUAUUAUUGGUGUGAAAAUAAAAAAAAACUGUUUCGAACAUUA